AUGACCUUCACCAUCCCCCCACCAACCCCAAAGUACAGCACCCUCACCUUCCCCUCCCCGCACAUCCUCCUCGUCACCCUCAACCGCCCCCGCGAUCUCAACUGCAUCAACACCGAGGGCAACGCCGAACUCAACACAAUCUGGACCUGGCUAGAUGACGAGCCGUCACUGCGCGUGGGGAUCCUCACCGGCUCCGGACGCGCCUUCUGCGCAGGCGCGGAUUUAAAAGAAUGGAACUCCCAGGCCCAGAGCAACAGUACCCGCAAGCCCAUGCCCGAAGGCGGCUUCGGCGGGCUCUCCCGCCGCAGCGGCAAGAAACCCAUUCUCUGUGCCGUGAACGGGCUGUGUCUCGGUGGCGGGUGUGAGAUGGUCAUCAAUGCGGACCUGGUGGUCGCGAGCGCACAGGCGUUCUUCGGGUUUCCCGAGGUGCAGCGCGGGGUGAUUGCGUUGGCGGGGGCGCUGCCGCGGGUGAUCCGGACCGUGGGGCGGCAGCGGGCGAUGGAUAUGGUGCUGACGGGGCGGAGGGUGUCGGCGGCGGAGGCGGAGAGGUGGGGGUUUGUGAAUGAGGUGGUUGCGGACGCGGACCAGGUGGUCAAGCGGGCGAUUGAGAUCGCCGAGCAGAUCGCGGCCAAUAGUCCGGAUGCUGUGAUCGUGAGCCGGGAGGGAGUCAAGCUGGGCUGGGAGGGACUCGGCGCCGAAGAAGCUACGCGGCUGCUGAUCGAUACCUGGUCCAAGAGGCUCAAUGAAGGGGAGAACAUCAAGGAGGGCCUACGCGCCUUUGUCGAAAAGAGAAAGCCACAAUGGGUCGAUAGCAAGCUAUGA